ACUGAAAAAGUUGGAUACCGGUGAGUGUGAUUUAUGCGCAAUUUUAAACAGACUUAAAAAUGAUAACUUUUUAACCGUAUGUCUAAAAAAUUACAGGAAAAAAAACAUGUAAGAUGACGUAGGUAUUUAAUAGAUUGGUUGGUGAUGAGGAGAAUGUUACUCUGAAAAACUAUAUAUUCUAGCGUAGUUUGGUCUAAAAUGUCGUUAUAAUUGCGGUGUAGUAUAAUAGAUAUAUAUUGUUAACAAUCAGAUACUUAUCUCGGUUCUGUUAUGUUUUUAAAAGACAAUUUCCAUUGUGGCAUUGUACCAUAUUCUAGAUGCGCUGAUCAGCUGCUACCCAAUAACACAAGUGAGAGUACCACCAUGUGGUGCGCUAAUCCAGCGGCUUGUUCCGAGUGGGUCUAUGAUAAUUCAGAUAGCUUUGUGGCCGAGUUUCAACUCGCAUGUCAAGAAUGGAAAAGAACUUUAAUUGGAGGAGUGCAAGCUUUUGGACAUAUGCUGGGUUCUUUCAUAAUCGGAUCGUUAUCUGACAGGUUCGGAAGGAAAACUUUAGUCGUCAUAACAGGAGUGACGGGCGCGGUACUAGGACUGGCAAAGAGCUUCUCUACCUCUUACUGGCUCUACGUCGCACUGGAAUUUUUGGAAGCUGGAUUUGGUGACGUAAUGUUACCUAUAUUGACACUAGCGGUAGAAAUGGUGGCAACCAAGUCUCGCGUCACAUACACUACACUAUGCAAUGUAGGCUUUAGUGGAGGAAUACUGGUUGUUUUGAUUGCCUGGCUUGUUCCUUAUUGGCGAAACUUUCAGAGAGUGCUGUACGCGCCGGGAUUACUGUUCAUAGUCUUCAUUUAUAUCAUAGAUGAGAGUCCUAGGUGGCUCCUGUCUAAGGGAAAAAAGGAAGAAGCUGUGCAUAUUAUACGCAAGGCUGCUAAUCAAAAUAAAUUAUACAUUGAAGAGAAUCUAUUAAACAUGAUUUCCUGUGAAAAGAAUGAAGGGUUGAGCUUUUUCACAGUAUUGGGAAACACGUUCAAAUCAAAAUCUCUAUUGAAACGAUUUAUCGUUUGCAGUGUUUGUUUGAUCGCAUGCUGUUUCGUGAGUCAUGGAUUGAUAAUAAACUCAGUGUCAUUGUCAGGAAGCAAAUACACAAAUGUUGCACUGUCGUUUGGCUUGAAACUCCCGAGCAGUAUUUUGUCAGGGUAUAUCAUGGCUAAGUUUAAUCGGAAAAAUCCUUUAAUAUUAUUCUUCAUGGCUUGCGCUACCCUUUGUAUUGGACAACCAUUUAUCCCAGAUAAUCUUCAAUGGCUCCUUAUUUUGAUAUACAUGGCGGGCAAAAUGACAGCCACAAUGUGCUUAACUAUAACCCAGAUUUAUACUUGCGAGCUGUUUCCUACGCAAACAAGGAGUUCCAUGCAUGCACUGUGUGUGGCUAUAGGCAAAAUUGGCUCUAUAACGGCUACGCAAACUCCUUUGAUGAUGGCGUAUUGGUCUGGACUACCAACAGCGAUGUUUGGUGCUGUAGCGCUGGUGGCCGGACUCGCCACGUUGCUCCUGCCGGACACGGGGAACCAGAACCUUCCGGAUACGGUCUGCGAGGCCGAGGCUUUAGAAUACUCCGACACAAUUAAGAAUUAAUUGUAGAACACUUUCAUAUUAAACAGUUAUAAAAAAAUAUAUAAAGCGUUUUUGGUGUUAAUUACUUAAGCGUUGAACAAGGAAGGGCAGUCAUCAUCAUCAUCAUCAUCUUUCUAGCAUUGUCCCAACCUCUUGCCACGGCUCACUAGGCAGUACAGAAAAUGCUACACUAAUUUCAUACGUUAAAUAAGUUUAGAAUAAUAUGGUUCAUGAGAAAUUUUCUUGAGCAACAGCUGUUACAAUAUAUCUCGGUAUCCUUGAUUAAGUAAGCGCAAAGAGAAAUAUCUCAUAAAGAUGAGCUAUCGAUGUAGUUUAAAAUUUUGAAGUAUGGUCAUCAUUCACAACUGUUUGCUUUGCAACAACCCCGUCGCUCACUUAACAAAUGUGUCCAAAAAAGUGUCUCUUGUAACCAAUGUCUUCAUGAUUUUUAAGUAACAAGCUACAUGGUUAAAAAUAUUUAUAUAUGUUUAAAGACACAAGCAAUUGUUGUGCAACUAUAUCGAUAGACAUUAAUGAAUAACAGAUCGGAACUCAAUACGAAAUUCUGACUCCAGCCGUCGAUAAAUUAAUAUUUAGUUCCAUGCAGCCACCGGCCGGCUAUUGUACCAAUAAUUAAUAUUUCAAACCGAACUGAAUAAACCAGCGCUGCCGAACACACUU